CUCUACAGUUGUAACUCUAACUCGUGGAAAGUUGUUGUUGAUGUCAACCCUGACUGGAGUAUAGAGUUUUAUCAACGUGGCGUGUCUCUAAAGGGCAACACUUGCUGGUUUGCUGAAGAGAAGCUUGUCGAUGUAGCUCCAGGAACAGAGAUAUCAGAUCUCCGUGAUUUCUUACUUUGUUUUGAUUUUACAAAAGAGAGGUUUGGGCCGCGUCUGCCUCUGCCUUUUCACUCCUUCGGAGACAUAGUGACCCUCUCUAGUGUUGGAGAAGAGAAGCUUGCUGUGUUAUUUCAGAAACAAGGUUUGCCUCCAUACACGGUCAAGAUUUGGAUUAGUAGUAGCAAGAUCGAGCCCGAUGCAGUGUCGUGGAACAAGCUGUUCCUAAGUGUUGAUAUGAAACCACUCACGGGUUUCCUGUUUCUUGACAACGGUGGGAGUUUCUUCGUUGACGAAGACGAGGAGGUGGCAGUGGUUCUUGAUGAAGCCAGAGAUGAGGUUGGCCGCAUUACUCGCAACACUGCUUGCAUCAUUGGUAGAAAUGGACACUUCAAACAAGUGAAUCUGGGAGGAGUCGUACAUCAUUCUCUUAGCCUCCCCGCAGACGCAUGUCGUAGGCCACCUGUGUUUGUGUGCUCUUAUGUUCCUAGCUCUGUGAAAAUCAUGUAA